AUGUGGAAUUCGGCGGAGAAUCUGUCAGUCCGGUCCUCGUCGUUCAGGUCGGACGACGAAGAUGAGGAGGCGCUCCGGUGGGCAGCGCUGGAGCGUCUGCCGACGUUCAAUCGAGUGAGGAAGGGCAUUUUCCGGAAUAUCGUCGGGGAUACGAUGGAGAUCGACGUGGAUAAGCUUCAAGUUCAGGAGAGGAAGGUUGUGUUAGAUCGGCUGGUCAAUUCUGUUGAUGAUGACUGGGAGAAGUUCUUCAAUCGCAUGCGCCGCCGUUUUGAUAGAGUUGAUCUGGAAUUUCCAAAGAUUGAAGUAAGAUUUCAGCACUUGAGAGUCGAAUCUUUCGUUCACGUUGGCAGCAGAGCAUUGCCCACAAUUCCAAAUUUCAUCUUUAACAUGACAGAGGCUCUCUUGAGGAAUUUGAGGAUAUAUAAGGGCAACAGAUUAAAGUUAAAGAUUUUAGACGAUCUCAGUGGGAUAAUUAGACCUUCCAGAUUAACACUUCUCUUGGGACCUCCAUGUUCUGGAAAGACUACUCUGCUUCAGGCCCUUGCUGGGCUAAUAAAGUCUGAUUUACAGAUGUCAGGGAAAAUCACUUACAAUGGACAUGGUAUGAAAGAGUUUGUUCCGCAAAGAACAGCUGCUUACAUUAGUCAACAAGAUUGGCACGUUGCAGAAAUGACUGUAAGAGAAACUCUUGACUUCUCUGCUCGUUGUCAAGGUGUUGGAUCAAAAUAUGAAAUGCUUUUGGAACUUGCAAGAAGAGAAAAAAUAGCUGGAGUGAAACCUGAUGAAGAUCUCGAUAUAUUUAUGAAGGCAUUAGCCCUGGAGGGGAAGGAGACUGGCCUUGUCGUGGAGUUCAUCUUAAAGAUUCUAGGGUUGGAUAUGUGUGCGGAAACCCUGGUGGGAGACGAAAUGCUCAAAGGAAUAUCUGGCGGCCAAAAGAAGCGGCUGACAACAGGUGAGCUAUUAGUUGGGCCAUCAAGAGUUCUAUUCAUGGAUGAGAUAUCAAAUGGACUUGAUAGUUCAACUACUUAUCAAAUUAUCAAGUACCUUCGGCAUUCAACGCAUGCACUUGAUGGUACCACCGUAAUUUCUCUACUUCAACCAGCCCCGGAGACUUAUGAGUUAUUUGAUGAUAUAAUUCUCUUGGCUGAGGGGCACAUUGUAUACCAAGGGCCCCGUGAAGGUGCUGUUAACUUCUUUGCAUCAAUGGGCUUUAAUUGUCCCGAGCGAAAGAAUGUUGCUGAUUUCCUUCAAGAAGUUGUUUCAGAGAAAGACCAGGGGCAGUACUGGUCUGCUCAUGAUCGUCCUUACAGGUACAUCCCAGUCACAAAGUUUGCUGAAUCAUUUCGUGCAUAUCGAAUAGGGAAGAGCUUAUACGAGGAGCUGGAAGUCCCGUUUGAUAGACGCUAUAAUCAUCCAGCAGCGUUGUCAACUUCCAAGUUUGGGGUCAAGCAGAAGGAACUCCUUAAAACCAACUUUGAUUGGCAAUUGCUAUUAAUGAAGAGGAACUCGUUCAUCUAUGUCUUCAAAUUUAUACAGCUGCUUUUUGUUGCUUUAAUCACCAUGAGUGUAUUUUUCCGGACUAGACUUCACCAUGAUACAAUUGAUGACGGAGGUCUCUAUCUGGGAGAACUGUACUUUGCCAUGGUUAUCAUACUUUUUAAUGGAUUUACCGAGGUUUCAAUGCUUGUUGCCAAGCUCCCAGUGCUUUACAAACAUAGGGACUUGCACUUCUACCCAGCAUGGGCCUAUACACUUCCUUCUUGGCUCUUGAGUAUUCCAACUUCACUAAUUGAGUCUGGAUUUUGGGUGGCAGUUACUUACUAUGUUGUUGGUUUUGACCCAAACAUUACCAGAUUCCUUAGGCAAUUCUUGUUAUUCUUCUUUCUGCAUCAGAUGUCUCUAUCACUCUUCAAGCUAAUAGGUUCCUUGGGACGAAAUAUGAUUGUUGCAAACACUUUUGGAUCUUUUGCUAUGCUCAUUGUCAUGGCUCUCGGAGGAUAUGUCAUUUCUAGAGACAGUAUUCCAAGAUGGUGGAUUUGGGGAUUUUGGAUUUCUCCUCUUAUGUAUGCUCAAAAUGGUGCUUCGGUUAACGAGUUCCUUGGGCAUUCCUGGGAUAAGAGUGCUGGUAGUAAUUCAACAUUGCCAUUGGGUACGGCAGUGCUUGAGGCUCGUAGUCUCUUCCCCCAGAAGUAUUGGUAUUGGAUUGGUGUAGGCGGCUUGCUCGGUUUUACUGCAUUGUUUAAUCUCUUAUUCACUGUCUUCCUUGCAUUCCUUAACCCAUUGGGAAAGCCACAAGCCGUUGUUUCUGAAGAGGAAAUUCAACAGAAAGAGAUCACUACAAAAGGAGAUCCUGUUAUUACUCGCCUAAGAGAUUAUCUGCAGUUUUCAGGCUCCCUUGCUAGAAAAAGCUUUAAAACCAAAGGCAUGGUUUUACCCUUUCAGCCGCUUUCGAUGUCUUUCAGUAAUAUCAAUUACUACGUUGAUGUACCACUAGAAUUGAAGCAGCAAGGGAUAUUAGAAGACAGAUUGCAGUUGUUAGUUGGAAUUACAGGAGCAUUUAGACCUGGUAUACUUACUGCAUUGGUUGGAGUAAGUGGCGCUGGAAAAACUACUCUUAUGGACGUUCUUGCUGGUCGAAAAACUGGUGGAACCAUAGAAGGAAGCAUCCAUAUAUCUGGUUAUCCGAAGAAGCAGGAAACAUUUGCUAGAAUAUCUGGCUACUGUGAGCAGAACGAUAUCCAUUCUCCUUGCUUAACUGUUCUUGAAUCACUCCUUUUCUCUGCCUGGUUGCGCCUGUCUGCAGAUGUUGACAUGGAAACACAAAAGGUAACACACAGCUUUCGAUAA